AUGAUUGUUAAUGUGUUAGUAUUGUUAAGUUUCGUGUCAAAGGUUUUAUCAGCCCUUAGUCUGGCCUCAUAUUAUGGGGACCACAUGGUGCUGCAAAAAGGCCCAUCCAGAAGCCAGUUGUGGGGUUAUGCAGACACUGUUGGGGUCACAGUUACCGCGCAAGUGAGGCCCGGAGGGGACCCUGUGCACACAAAGACGGUUCUACAUCAGGGCCCCGGUAUGGUUAUCUGGAAAGUGAUGCUUCCUGCAGAAGAUGGAGCAGGCCCUUACUAUAUAGAUGUGACGUCAAGCGAGAGCAACGUUACCAUCAAUGACGUCAUGUUCGGUGACGUCUGGGUCUGCUCAGGCCAAAGCAACAUGCAGUUCACACUGAGUAUGGUGAACAACUUUAGUUCAGAGAUUGCGGACGCCGAAAACUACCCAGAUAUACGUUUGAUGACAGUUGAUCAACAGUGGUCCGCAACCCCAAAAUUUGAUAUUGAAGACAUUGAGGAGAACUGGACAAGACCAAAUAAAGAUGCUGUAGGUCAUUCAGACUGGACGUAUUUCUCAGCUGUUUGUUGGCUGUAUGGAAAAUACCUUUACCAGACUUUGAAUCGACCGAUCGGAUUAAUUGCUUCUACAUGGGGAGGUACUCCUAUUGAGGCAUGGUCCUCAAAUGACGCAAUGCGCGUGUGCAACACAACAUCAACCAAUCACAACUCGGUACAUGCAUCGAUUGCUCCCCAAGACAAGCCCACGCAGCUUUGGAAUGCCAUGAUCCAUCCUCUGCUAAAUAUGACCAUUUAUGGGGCUAUUUGGUAUCAAGGCGAAGCCAACGCUGGGGCACCGGAUAGCUACGCCUGCAGGUUCAAGGCAAUGAUUGACGACUGGAGGUCAAAGUUCGAAGAAGCUUCAUAUGGUCAAACCCACGCAGUAUUUCCAUUUGGAUUUGUUCAGCUUGCCCCAAACAAGAAUGAGUCCUCCAUGGUAAAGGGAUUCCCUGAUAUCCGUUGGCACCAGACUUACGACGAAGGUUAUGUCCCUAACACAGAGUUGCCCUCUGUGUUUAUGGCGGUUGCUGCUGAUUUGCCGGACUUCGAUUCGCCUUUCGGCAGCGUGCACCCUCGAGACAAGCAGGAUGUUGCCCACCGACUCGUGCUAUCCGCUCUACAAGUUGCGUACAACAACACCUCAAUGGGACGUUACCAAGGCCCUAAAAUCUCCGCCUACUUCAGUGAUAUAGGAUACCAUACGUUGAGACUGGAGUUUGACCAUGGAGAAGGGUUGGGUGUGGUUGUUAAUAUGAAUUAUACCGGAGUAGGAUUUGAGGUGUGCUGUUCCCGUAAUAACCAGUCUAAGUGUGAUGGCACGGACUCCAAUUGGCAACCCGCUCCAUUGAAGGGAAGUGACAAAUAUGGCGUCACCAUGGGCUCAUGUGUAGAUCUAUGGACCAUGGGAGUUCGGUACUUGUGGCGCGAGUCGCCGUGUGGGUUUAAGAACUGCCCUGUUUAUACAAAAGAAAAUGAUCUUCCAAUGGCACCAUUUAUUGUCAACGGGAUAUUAUAGGGAAUAUAUUCCUCUUGUUAUAAAUUAAACGCCAAAUUAAUAGCAUACUUUAUGUAUUUACAACCUGUUGACAAGUUAGUUUUGUUAAAUUAUUUAGGAUGUCGAAACAUCUGUUGCUUGAAUAUCUGUUUAGGAAAUAAACGUCGAAACACAAAA